UUGCAGUAGCUGCGACAGCAAAAGUUAACCUACACACGAGUGGCUUUUGACAUUAGUGUCGUCACUGGGUAGUGUGUUGAUGCGAUCAAUAACAUUUUAAGAGUGUGUUCUCCCUCGCUUGUUAUGUGUACUACUUCAUACCGUCGUGCAGUAUCAACAAUAACAACAACAAUAAAAGUUAUAACGAAAUCGUUUAGUGCUGCAGCUUAUUGCUAGCAGCAAAGAUGUCUGGAGAGGAAUGCGAAUCAGGAAUGGAUUAUUCAGAGGACGAGUGUGGCUACGCGGAUUAUUACAAUGACGAGGAUGAUUGCGAAAUGGAGCAACCGGACCCGACGAAGCGAGAUCCAGAAUAUUUCAGCUACGAGUGCCUGAGUGUGGAAGAAGUGGAACGGCAUCUAAACGUCUCAGUUGAAGCAUUAAGUAACAGCUUGCAGAUAACCCCAUCAUUAGCUAAAGUGCUGUUGCAUACUAACCGGUGGUCAGUGCAGGACAUAGUGAAGAAAUUCGGUGACGAAUCUGUGAACCUCCUGGACCGCAAGUCGUCUGCGUCUUCUACAACGGGGGCGGUGGAUCAGGGACAGAUCCGCACAACCCUACAAGCCAUUCAGUGUCCAGUGUGCCUACUAACGCAGCCGCAUGAUAAAUUUAGCGCCCUUUCGUGCGGUCACAAGUUCUGUAAGGACUGUUGGUCGGUGCACUUUGAGGUGCAAAUACUGCAGGGAGUUUCGACAGGCAUUGGCUGCAUGGCGAAAGACUGUGACGUUCUCGCUCCAGAAGACUUCGUUCUGUCACAGGUCUCACGGCCUGCCACCAGAGAGAGGUACCAGCAGUUCGCCUUCCGGGACUACGUCAAGUCGCACCCCGAGUUCCAGUUCUGCCCCGGGCUGAACUGCCGGGCGGUGGUGCGCGCCAAGGAGCCGCGAGCCAAGCGCGUGCAGUGCUCGAGCUGCGCGGCCGCCUUCUGCUUCCUGUGCGGCGGCGACUACCACGCGCCCACCGACUGCGCGACCAUCCGCCGCUGGCUCACCAAGUGCGCCGACGACAGCGAGACGGCCAACUACAUCAGCGCGCACACCAAGGACUGCCCGCGCUGCCACGUCUGCAUCGAGAAGAACGGCGGCUGCAACCACAUGCAGUGCUACAACUGCAAGCACGACUUCUGCUGGAUGUGCCUCGGCGACUGGAAGUCGCACGGCUCCGACUACUACGAGUGCUCGCGCUACAAGGAGAACCCGGACGCGGCGCAGGAGUCGGCGCUGACGCGCGCCCGCGAGGCGCUCAAGAAGUACCUGCACUACUACGAGCGCUGGGAGAACCACUCCAAGAGCCUCAAGCUGGAGGAGCAGACGCUGCGCAACAUCCGGCGCCGCAUCGACGACAAGAUCAUGAAGGCGGCGGGCACGUGGAUCGACUGGCAGUACCUGCUGGACGCGGCGGCGCUGCUGGCCAAGUGCCGCUACACGCUGCAGUACACCUACCCGUACGCCUACUACAUGGAGGCGGGCCCGCGCAAGGCGCUCUUCGAGUACCAGCAGGCGCAGCUCGAGGCCGAGAUCGAGAACCUCUCCUGGAAGGUGGAGCGCGCCGAGACGACCGACCGCGGCGACCUGGAGAACCAGAUGGACAUCGCCGAGAAGCGGCGCACCACCCUGCUCAAGGACUUCCUGUAAGGCGCCGCCGCACCCGGGGGAUGAUCACGUGCUGUAGUGGACUGAGCUGCAGCGGUCUCAGGGAGAGAAGAUUUUAUAGAAGAAACACCACCCACCUGUCUUCACUCGUGGAAUAGUCUUUAUUACGGACACGACGAUGACGACGGUGAAGAUAUUGUUGACAGUUUGCUGUGCUUCGUAUGGUGCCUGUGCGAGAUGGGAUUUGUGGGAAGCACUGAAUGAGAUUGCUGUGGUAUUGCAUAACAAAUACUUGUCACAAUGUUGACAGGGGUAGCAGUCUUUUGCUACUAAAGGUGAUAAGUUUCCCAUAAUCAUUUUUUUUGGCAGCUGGAAGAUAGAGUGUCUUACCAAAGAAUGUCCACUUGCUACAGCACCGGCAGAUUCACUCACUGUGCACCUACGGAAUGCAUCCUCGGUUUUCAGCCAGUUUCUUUUGCUGUGUUACUUUUAGUAAGGAUCUCGUCAGACGCAGUGUAGUUUCUGUUACAGUUUUGUAUUUUGUUUGCUUAACUAUAAAACCUGAAAAACGUACAUAAUGUACUUAUUAGACUGUUUAAUUGCCCGAUUACUAUACUUGCUUUCCUAUCUUAGUGUUUUAUGCUGUACUACCAGUUAGCACUUACUGUUAUUGUGAUGUUUUACCUCUUACACAGUUACAAAAAGAACUGUGCCUUAGGGCAUUUUUUUAUAUCAUUUUCGUAUCUCUGUGACUGAUGUCGUCCUGGGGAAAAGAAAGCUUUUACACUGUGCCAUGUAUGUAGAUUGUAUGUCUAUUGAAGGGGGGUUUAGUCUUUCCUUGGAAAGGAAGAAAGUUUUGAGCUGGUGAAAACUGAUGUGAAGAUGCCAUUUUUUGAAACUGUGUGUUGUAAUCCUAUUCUGCAGCUGGAGCUGUUACUUUUAAUUUAGUGACAAUAAUUUUUUACUAGGGACACUUCUGAAUGCAGAUGGCAAUAUUGCCCUCGAGAAUGUAAUUGGGGUAGUUCUUUGUGAUUACUCACUGGCAGUAGCUUGAAAAAGCAAACGCAUCCACAACGAUAUAGUUUAUCAUUGAUAUUUUCGUAUAAGUGAUAUCGUACAGAGAUAUAAGCUCUGUCAUACAUUACUGGACAUGAGGUUUGCCUGUUAUGCGAAACACUGUUUUUUCCUAAGACCUCUACACCCAUCAUAGGUGAGUUUUGUGUGUUCAUAGCUGUGAGACGUGAACAUAUUUUAAGU